GGGGUUAGGGACAUCCCCCCGCCCAGGGAGCACCCCGGUGUGGGUGCAGAGCUCCCCUACCCCGUGUAGCAGCCCCCAGUACACAAACCUGCCUCCCUGUGUAAGUGCCCCAGGAUGGAGGUAAAGUCCUCCCUCUGAAUAGGUGGUACCCCGGGGUGGAGACAGCACUUGGGUGUGUGGUGGGUGGUAGCCCCCAUACAGAGAGAGAGACAGGUACAGGUGGUACCCCUGUGGAGAGGGAGCACCUCGCUGUAUAGGUGACACCCCUUACAGAGAUACCCUGUAGGUACUCCCGCUAUAAAGACAGCUCCCUAUCCCCUGGAAAUAACCCCAGUAUGGACACAUACCCUCCACCCCCAGUUUAGGUGGUUCCCCUCAGCACAGAACCAGAUCUUUCCCUUUCCCCUAGGUGCCCCUAGACAGACAGACAGACAGACACGUCCAGCUCCUUCUGUAGAUCCUGAUCCAUGCAGGGCUGUGCCACGGGAGACUCGGGCUGCGAUUUGUGCCGCGGGUUCCUACUAAUAGUCCCAUGUAGAUUUUAGGCUUCUCAACCCCGCCGGGGAGGCUCUCCAUGAUGGCCUUCAUCCUCAAUGCACUCACCUGUGCUCUGGGCUUGCUGUACUUCAUCCGGCGAGGGAAGCAGUGCCUGGAUUUCACCGUCACCGUUCACUUCUUCCACCUCCUGGGCUGCUGGAUCUACAACUCGCGCUUCCCCUCGACGCUGACGUGGUGGCUGGUGCACAUAGUGUGCACGGCGCUGAUGGCAGCCAUCGGGGAGUACCUGUGCAUGAGGAUAGAGCUCCGGGAGAUCCCCCUCAACUCUGCCCCCAAAUCCAACGUAUAGACUGGCCUGGCAGCAGCACGCUGCGUUAGUCAUUGUUCCCAGCACAAUGCGUCCAAUGCCUCAGAAUCAUCCCUGAAGAAGCACAGCAGGUCUGUUUAGACUUUAUGAAUUUUUUUUGGUUUUUUUGGUGGUUUUUUUUUUUUUUGGACCUCGGUGACUGCAUGAGUGUGAGCAUCUCCUCUGGCAUCAGCUGACAACGGGGGAGGAGCAGAUGUUUAUUUUGUUAACACAAAGAAUUAAUAUGACUGUAUGGAGAGUGUACCCUUAACUCUUCACUCAUGAGACUGUGAAAAGCCAGGUAGCAAAACUUGGUGCGUGAGGAGCAUUUGGAAUUUAACGAUGUGGGAAUACCCUGAAUGGGUAACACAGUGGUCAGCUCUUCUUGCCAGAGCUGGCACAGUGAGCAGUGGGGCUGGGAGCUGCUGCUUCCAAUCUGUGACUUGUUUGGGCUUUGCUUGGGAAAAGAGUCAAGGAAGUGAAUGGAUGGGGAGAAAGAAAAUAGUUGUACUUACCUGAAUCACCAGCUGAGACACUAAAUAACCUGUAAUGUUAGAUGGGUUUGUUUGCUGUUUCCAUGUUUGAUACAUAGAGGUGACAGACAGCAGUUUGCUGAAGAAAUCUUUUGUAAUAAUAAAAAUAUAAUGCUGCUGUGAGUGUUACGGCUCUCCUGGGAAACUGAACACUUCAAGAAGUACCACAAGUGUCUGUAUCAUGGCAACAGAAGGAUGCAGCCAGAGAACACUUGGCUGUGAGGUGCCCCUGUCUGGGACACAUGAAAUUUCCUACAAUAAACAUUUCAUACCUCUGCUCUGAAA